AUGACUCUCAUCCCUUUCCAUGUUCUUAGGCUAGCAAUCCUAUUUGCAUACUUCUCCAUCAUCUGCAAGUAUAAAACCAUCAAUAUGCCCACUCGCCAAAGUAAUGGGGGCAGCUGA